AUGCAACCUUGCUUCUGCGCUGUCAAAGCUUUACUCAAAUUAUAUAUAUACGUAUAUCUAUUGAUAAUGGAUUUUCUGCGCACCGCUGGCUUUGUGCCUCUCACAAGAGAUAAUUGGGAGCUUUUGAUGACCUACUGGAAAUACUUCACUCUCAUAUGUCCCGCACAACUAAUCUUGAAAGACUGGUACCCCAUGGGAAAGACCUCCUACAAGUCUAUUCUCAAUGUUCCUGGUAAACCUGCCUGGAUUUUAAUGGAGCUUGUCUCUCCGCUCACCAUGCUUUACACGGUCUCUACGAACCCCGAACGAACGCAACCGCUCUCCUAUAUUCACCUCUGGCUAGUAGCACUCUACUGUCUCCAUUAUACUAACAGAGCGCUCAUCAGCCCUCUUAUGAACCAUUCAAUGGCACCUAUAAAUAUCAUCCUCCCCAUCGGAGCUGCUUUCUUCAACCUGAUGAACGGCAGCUUAAUUGGCGGGUGGCUUGGCGGAUAUGGCUCUGCUAAAGAUGUGCCGACGUGGCAGGUGAUCGCUGGAAGUGUUUUGUUCGUUACAGGACUGUUUGGAAACGUGUAUCAUGAUGAGGUACUUAGAGAGAUUCGAAGGGAUAAGAGGGUGGACAAAAAUGCAGAGAAAGAAGGAAAGGUUGUUGUAGAAAAUGGCAGGGUUUACAAAAUCCCAGAGGGUGGCCUCUUCAAAUGGGUUUGGCACCCACAUUACUUUUCAGAAUGGGCGGAGUGGUAUGGGUAUAUGAUGAUAGGAGGGGGGUUUUCGAGCUUUAGGCCGGCAGGGCUGUUUGUGGUUAAUGAGGUUGCAACUAUGUUGCCUAGAGCGUUGCAGGGGAAAAGAUGGUACUUGAAUAAGUUUGGAAAGAACGCGGUGCCUGAUAGGAAAGCUGUUGUACCAGGUGUGAUCUGA